AUGCGUAGAGCAACGUCUUCCCCUGAGGUGGAAGUGACCGAGGCCUUAGAAGAGGGAGAGGACGUGCAGCUCAAGGUCGACGACCGGCCAGAAGCUGGGUUGAGAUUUCCGUUGAGGAAGUUGCCACUCUGCGUCACGGUGGCGCAGAUUCAGGACAUCUUCCUGCUGGAUGUGACUUCGGACGAGGAAGUCUGCGCCGAUGCAAUGCUUUGCGUGGUGGUGGACGGCAAGACUGGCGACGUCAUAGGGAUGCAGAAGUCUGGACCUCAGCGGCCGAUGUAG